CUGGCAUAUAUAUUAAUGGGGAAUCCUUUAUAAGCUGUCUCCCCAAUCAGAAAACAUCACCUUUUUGAGUCCGAGUGAUACACGAGGGAGUGGAGAGGGAAAAAAAGAACCAAAGAAAUGGAAAGCUUGUCCAUAGAUGAUACAGAAUCAAGAUCCCCAGAAUGCCAUGGAAGAAGCUUUUUCAGAGACCCAUCAAAGCUUAAAGAGGAAAGAGUGGAGGAGGAGAUUAUUAUUCCAGACAGCCCUGCAAAGAAUAUGCUCCAGAACCAGGAUAACAACAAGAAUUUGACAAAGAAGAGGCAGGUGUUUCUUGAAGGGUAUGUGGAGAACUCAGAUGAUGAUGAACUUGGGAGGACAAAGAGCCUUACAGAUGAUGAUCUGGAGGAGCUAAAGGGGUGUUUGGAUCUGGGAUUUGGGUUUAACUAUGAGGAAAUCCCUGAGCUCUGUAACACCUUGCCUGCUCUUGAGCUUUGCUAUUCCAUGAGCCAAAAGUACCUUCUGGAUGACCAACACAAAACCCCACCAGAUUCUUCUGUUUCUGCAGAUUCACCCUCCUCUGCCUCUAGCCCCAUAGCCAAUUGGAAGAUCUCCAGUCCUGGUGAUGAUCCCGAGGACGUGAAAGCAAGGCUGAAAUACUGGGCACAGGCAGUAGUGUGCACCGUCAGAUUAUGCAGUCUGACGAAGAAAGAUGAAUGAUAGAGGGUGGAGAUUGAGACCAGCUGCCAUUUCUCUUCGUUUCAGGCAACUGACCUUCAAACACCAUUAUUCUGGGUAAGCUCCUGCUUGUUGAUGGCGAAUGGAAGUUGGUAUAUCUGGAGAUGGAUACUGAGAAAUCUGUCAGUGAUAGUUAGCUAACUCCUCCAAGAAGUUGGGAGACACAAGAACAAGAUGCCUAGAGGAAGGAGACUUUUCCAGGCUGAUUAAACUCAUACCAAAAUUGAGUCUUUUGACACAUUUAGAUAUUUAAAUUAGGCCAUGCCAAACCCUCCCAAUAAUGUAGUGUAUAUCUUUUUUGCAAUAAAUGACACAAAUUUACUUAAUUGCUA